AUGCUCCGUCGCCUUCACACGCACGGCCAGCGCCACGCGCUGCGGCGCUUGGAGCACGCGAUGCGUAGCGACCGACUCUUGUUGGUCCACCCCCAGCACACGCUCGAGCCCGCGCCUCGUGACGCACUUCGUACGAGAAUGCUCCUCGCGGUGCUCGGCCUUGGCGCGCUGCAUACGACGUUGAGUCUCGACGAUGAGCGACCGCCUUUGUGGACCACCAAGGACGCGCCAGCUGUCGAGACAACCCUAUCGUCCAAGAAGCCGUCGAUCUUGAUCGUCAACGACAACCUCCCAACCAACGUCAACGGUGUUGUGACAUUCCUGAGCAACAUGGAGCGGCACGCGUCCGCGUACAACGUCUCGUACUUGAACCCGUCGCAGUUUCCGCACAUCGACUGCCCGGGCUACCCCGACAUCAAGCUCUCGCUGCCCUUGCGCUUGGCCUCCAAGCUCCGGAGCCACCGACCCGACUUUAUCCACAUUGCCACCGAGGGCCCGCUUGGCCUCGCGACGCGACUCUACUGCGACUUGUAUCGGAUCCCAUACAACAGCGCGUACCACACGCGCAUUCCAGAGUACAUGCACGUCGUCUUUGGCGUCCCAGAAGCGAUUGGGUACUUGUACCUUCGCUGGUUCCAUCGCAAUUCGGCCGCGGUGCUCACGACGACCGACACAAUGGUGCGUGAGCUGCGUCGACGCGGCUUCAAAAGCCCGAUCCAACCCAUGAAGUUUGGUGUCGACCGACGUCUCUUUCGCGCCGACCUGCGCCGACCACGCGAAACAAACGCCAGCGGACCGAUCCUACUCAGCGUCGGCCGCGUCAGCAAAGAAAAGGGCCUCGACGCCUUCUGUGACCUCGACUACCCCGGUGCGACCAAGAUCGUCGUUGGCGACGGCGCAUACCGCAGCGAGCUCGAAGCGCGGUAUCCCGAGAUUCAAUUCGUGGGUCUCAAAACCGGAGACGCGCUCGCCGAGUAUUACGCCAACGCCGACGUCCUCGUCUUUACGAGCCGCACCGACACGUUUGGCCUCGUCAUGAUCGAGAGCCUAGCGUGCGGUACACCGGUCGCGGCGUUUCCGGUGCCUGGACCGUUGGACGCGAUCGAGUGCGGCGUCACGGGCCAUUUGAGCGAGGACCUGCGCGCCAGCAUUGACGUUUGCUUGGGCUUCGACCGAGCGGCUGUGGCGGCCGCGAGCCAAGUGUGGUCCUGGGACCACUGCUGGGCGACGUUCGAGAAGCACUUGGUGCCCUCAGAUAGCUAA